GGCGCUUCCCGUCGCGCUCCCCACCGGUCGUCCACUCAUCGUCGUCGUUGCUUUCGCGGAGCGAUCCCGCAGGCUGGGAAGCGCCGCCGGGGACGCUGCGGCUUCUGUUGUGAUCACGGAAGCUAGCGCCCGCGCUCCGAUCUCCGGUCGUAUAGACAGGGAGGGGCGGCGGCGCCGGUCGUCACGGCGGCGGCCAUGGACGGCGGCUCCUCGUCGCCGGCUUCGUACAUCAGACUGGUGCAGCAUCUGAUCGAGAAGUGCAUCUGCUACAACAUGAACAAGGAGGAGUGCAUGGAGACGCUGGAGAAGCACGCCAAGAUCAUGCCCGUCAUCACAUCCACCGUGUGGAAGGAGCUGGAGAAAGAGAACAGGGAGUUCUUCGAGACGUACAAGAAGGAUCGAGGAGAAGAUUCCACGCGGGAGAAUCCUCCUCCUCCUGACGGUGGUGGGUCUGCUUCUUCCAAGAGCUCAGCCGACGACGACGAUCAGACGGCGGACCAGUAGGACGACUCGCUCUCAUGGGCGGUCGGCAGCGGCUACCUGGUGGGGGAAGGAAGGAAGCGACGGGUCCGGGGAGGUGGCGCGGACGUGCUCGCAUCGUUGGCUGCUGCUGGCCACCGGCCGCCAGCGCUGUGGCUUGUGGCCGUGGUCUUGUGAUCCUCCGCUGAUCGCGCCUGCCCAGUGCAUACUGACAGAUUGUAUUCUUCUCUGUUUCUAGACUAGGAUCACAUCUAGUGUACGAAUCGAGUACUGGGGUACAAGUUCUAGGUAUAAUAUCAAGUGAUUCAUUCUAGACCUAGUACAAGGGAGAGACAGAGAGAGAGGUGGAUGAGAGACACAGACCAUCCGCGGGAGAGGAUGCAGAGGAGCCGUUGCCGGUGGGUGCCAUCGCGUCGAUGGAGCCGAGGAUGGAGGCGAGGAAGUCCGGCUCUUCGAGGCGCUGAUCCGGCGGCGGCAGUGGACGGCGCAAGUCCCGGCGUCCUUCAGGCCUCCACCGGCACUGGCCGAUGACGGGGUUGGCGGAGGAGGACGUCGUGGUUGCGGUGGCGGAGCUUCCCGUCGGCCUCGCGCUAACCCUAGAUCGGUAGGGACUGUGGGAGAGGGUUGUGGCGGCGGUGAACUUAGGAUUGCGUGCCCCGGACCCUCUCCCUAUUCUUUAUAGCGCGGGCGACGGGGGCCCACCAGCCAUGUUUGGCUGAACGCCCCCGAUCAGGGCGCAAAUCAAGGGAUUGGCCAGAUCUUUGGAUCUGGCCGUUGGAGAUCAAUUCCAACAUUCUCCCCUUUGAUCUCUCAAUGUUCUUAUUCUUGUUCUGUAUCUGAGUUUAUCCAUCCCAUCGCAGAUCAGUGUAUAGGGCGUGCCUCGUCAUGACAAUUAUUACUGUCAGAUUAACAGCCACAAUCACCUUUCCGGUCUGAAACAGAUUCUUAUUCUAGGGCCCUCUUUGUCCAGGAAUCAUAGGCUUUCCCUUAAACCCAUGCCGGCUAAGUGUUCUCUGAACACAUUGGGUGGUAGGCCUUUUGUAAGCGGAUCCGCUAACAUCUUGUUCGUUCUGAUAUGUUCUAGACAAAUAGUUUGAUCCUGGACUUGCUCCUUAACAACAUAAAACUUGAUGUCGAUGUGUUUGGCAGCACCACUCGACUUGUUGUUAUGAGCAUAGAAUACUGCUGGCUCGUUGUCGCAGUA